UGAAAUUCUUUCCAACCUCACUUUACAAAUCCAAACAUUCGAAAAAUAUCAUUCAUCAAGUACACAUUUUUAUUAACUUAACUAUUAACUCAAAAUGGUUAAAGACGGCGGCCAAGUAAAGAAGAAGCGUAAAACUGUUAUCGCAAGCGAAACCGACGGCGACGUCGAUAUUUACAGGAAAGUCGUCGAAUUUGAAGAAAAAGAAGCAUUAUCCCGUAAUCACAUACAAGAUGCUGAGACUUUCACAGAAACAUGCAAUGAUAUUAGGCAAAUCCUUGCAGAGAUGUAUGAGAUUAGCACGACAAAUGCAACUCAGAGGAAACAGGAAUUACUGUUAGAUUUAUGCAUCAAAAUCAGUGUAAUUAAAAAACUCAACAGAAUUGACAAAAUACAGCAUGUGUUUGGUAAAGAAGCACUGAAUGCUGAAAAACAAAAGUGUGACUCGAUUAAAUUGAUCUACCAGAAUUUGGUAUAUGAACUGAAUCACAUUGUGCAUGAGAUAUCAAAAUGUAACUCCUUUAAGUCAAAACAUGAGGAUAUUGAUCUUAUAAAGUUUGAUGAGUUUAUGAAGGAAGCACCAAGUGAAUUAACAGAAAAGUUUAAAAAUGGCGAUCAUAAUGAUCCUGAAUAUGCUCAUAAUUUGACAUUAGCAAGAUUAGAAUAUGAACUUGAACAAAGAAAAGCACUAGCAAAAUUGUUGGAAGUGCAACAAGAAGAAAAGAAGAAAUUUGCGGGAGAAAUUAUUGAAAGAAAAAACAAACUAGAUGGCUUAUUGCCUUUGUUGAAAGCAGUAGUUAAUGCCACCAAACCUCUACAAGAAUACUUAAAUAUACCAAAUGACAAAGUCAGAGAUGAACAUGUAUUAGCCAAAUUACUGCCUGACCCACUUUAUAUUUUUUAUGCUAAUGCUGUAGCUUAUAAAAAUGUUUAUGAUGCUCAAAUAAAUGUGGAUAUUUUGGGUGAUCAGGAAGAAGCUACACAGUUCAAUGAGACAGCCAAUAUGAAUGCACUUUCAGAAGCUAUUGAUUCUGAAGUUGACACUGAAAGUCAGGAACUGGAGGAAGUGGUUGAAGUUAAAAAGAGAAGACACCGAAAAUCCGUUCAAAUUGAUCCAAUGGAAGAAAAAAAGAAAAAAAUUGUUGAAGUUCAUCCUCUUUCCAUUAAGGUUUCACUGAAUAAUCCAGAGUUACCCAUUGUUACAUUGAUCCUCAAGUAUUGCACAAAAUUAAAGAUUGUAACUGUGACAUCAAAGGUUGAUCUUCCUGCUUUUAUGUCUGGACACUGUGCUCAGGAAUUGUUGUCUGGAGACAAUGUACUUAGUGAACUAUCGCCGGGAGAUUUUGGUGUGGAAAGUCCAAAUCCUAGCACUCCAUUUCAGUUAAAGAGAGCUGGAAUUAGUUCAUUCAAAAGUUUAAUUCCUCAAAUUGGUUAUGCGUAUAGUUGGGCACAAGCAAGUUGUGGGCUUGAUUUUCUAUCUAAAAAGAUUGCUCCUGAAGAAUUGGGUAGAAUUAAUGUGGAAUAUGUUUUGAAGAGUUUGAACAAAAGGUUAACGUCAAGAACGCAACUAGCAAAUCAACUGCAUAAACUUGAACAAAAUUUGAUUCCGGAAAUUUCUGAUACUGAGGUACCCCUAAAUAUUGUUUCUUCCUUGAUUAAAUUCUCAUCCUCAAGUUAUCUUUCGUUUUGUUUAGCCCCAUACACACAGUCUUUAGUGGAAGAGGAGUGUGUAUCUCCAUCUGACUUAUAUUUUCUAGCUACGAUUGCCAGGAAUAAUGCAACUCUUGAAUCUUUUGUGGUUAUUAAAAAUAACUAUCCUCAUGAGGCACCAGUAUUUUCUUUAUGCUUUAGAUAUAAAAAUGCAACUUACAAUUGUAUAAACAAUGAUGACAUAAGGGAUAUGGAGAGAGCUAUAAAUCUGGAUGUGAAUAAAGAUUUGGUGGCCUCUGAGCAACUUUUGGCGGUUCAAAUCACUUAUUUGUGUUCAUUUUUGGAUAUUUUUUUGCAAAUUCAGUAUCCUAACGAUUUUCCACAAAGCGCAAUGGUUGUCAGAAAUAUAAGCGGCAGAUCCAGACGAAGUCCGUAUAAGUUUAGAAAAAUUGGUAUUGGUAUUUUUACCCAGUACUAAAAUGUUGUGUGUACAAGUUUAAAAAAUAAACGACUAUAUUUCCAAA